AUGAUUUCUCUAAAACAGCUCAUAGUUCUCUUCAUAAUGACUAUGUUCACAAGUGCAACUAUAUCUCGAGCACAGACAACGACGACAGUGGUGAUGUAUAAUGACCUUGGAGGUGGUUUACCUCUACAAUACCAUUGUAAAUCGGGGGAUAAUGAUCUCGGAGACCGGAGUAUGGCACCAGGUGGAUCAUGCUCAUUUAGCUUUAAACCUGAUAUCUUCGGCCGUACUUUAUUUUUUUGCAGUUUUAGUUGGGGGACCGAAUCGCAUUAUUUUGAUAUCUAUGUACAAAAGAGAGAUAGAGAAUUUGAGAAAUUGGGAUGCACACACUGCGAGUGGAAGAUACGCAAGAAUGGACCUUGCAAGCGUAACAAAAACACCGGAAUGUUUGAUGUUUGUCUUCCUUGGAAAUCUUAA